AAGAGCGGAAAAUUCCACACAAUAAAUAAAAAGUGAAUCUCUCUGCGGAGUGCAAAACAACAGCUUGCCAUGCAAAUCGCAGCAAGCCGGGUGGACUGCUUUCUAUAAAUAUUCGGCGUGUGUUUAAGUUUCGAUCUGUCGCCGCAAAUUGAAGCUACACAAACUGUGUGUGGUGUGUGCGUCAAGAGGAGGAAUCUUGUUUAUCGCGCGGACAACACCGUCGUCGUUGUCGUUUGGGAAGACAUUGUUCAACGGACUCGGGACAGGACUCUGAAUCUGGUUCGAAGAGAAGCAAACUUGUGAUCAACACCGACGGCUGAAAGUCAUCACACACGUCUAGUGAGCACUGAGAGAUUCUAACGCGAAGCUUCGUGAAAUUUCAGUAAUUACCCCCGCUCGGUGAAUGCCAGCCUUCGCCGAGAUGCUGGUAUCGCAGAGUCCGCCGGUGUACAACUACUCGCUAACCGAUUAUAUCGCCAAACAGUCGACCCGCUGCCGGCCGGCGUCCCUGCAGCUAACGCCACCUCCGCUGCGCCGUCAACCGACACCGUUCAACCCGUUGCACGUGCCCACACCUAAAAUGCCCGCCUCGCCGCGGCGAUCCUGCCUGGUGGUGCGUCCGGAGGAUCUGAGCCCUGAGGAGGAGCGGCCCGAGCUCGAGCUGGACAGCCCGACGUCGCCGGAUGGGCACGAUCGGCGCUGCAAGAAGAAGGUGGUGUUUGCGGACGAUCAGGGCGGCCAGUUGACGCACGUGCGCUUCAUGAAGGAACCGUCGUACAUGCCGCCGACGUGGAGUUUGCAGUUUCUGGCGCACGUCACCCAGGGCAUGAUCAGUCCGGUGCCGCAGGAGCAGUGGAUGGUGGACUUCCGGCAGCCAGCCAGCGCGUACCUGGAGUUCCGGCAGAAGGUCGAGGAGAAGAACGUGUCGCUGGAGAACGUGAUUAUCAAGGAGACGGAACACUUGAUCGUUGGGACGGUCAAGGUGAAAAACAUUAGCUUCCACAAGGAGGUCGUGGUGCGAUCGUCCUGCGACGGCUGGAAAACCCACGAGGACACGUACUGCAACUACACUGUGGUUGGGAGCGGUGCCGCGUCCGCCUACACCGUGCACGAUACCUUCUCCUUCAAGAUUACUCUUCCCCCUAAGUCGAGGCGGAUUGAGUUCUGCGUUUGCUUCAAAUGUGAUAUCGGCGAGUUCUGGGACAACCAUGACGGUCACAACUAUUCGCUCACGAACCGGGUGAUGCCACGCCAGGAGACCAGCAUCUUCUUCCCGCCCCACAGUGCCUUCAACAACAACAGCAGUCACAACAACAACUCCAGUACAAACAGCAACAGCAGCAGCUUAAGCAACUGUGCGGACUCGCCGCACGUGGACCCUAGCGCUGAGCUGGACACGUGGCGCCACAUGAGCGCGGAGAACCAUACCGGACCUUACUGUUUAAAAGACAGCAACUUCAACGAGGACACGCGCCUGGAGCAGCCCCGCCGGCUGUCCACCCCGGAUGUCGUAGAUUCGGUGACGCGAACGUUCAACGGCGUAAUUCCGCCGAUGCGCCGCAGCACGUCCUGCGGGGACGAAAUGAUGACGCGUGGUGCGCGAACCGCCCGCAGCACCGGCCGCAACUACCUGAUCCGGGAGUGCAAGGACGGGGACAACCUGCUGGCCAACCUGAUGAACCUGCGCAACAUCAUGCUCGGCCAGCAGAGCCAGCAGGUGUGAGGGGCGGCAACAGUUUGUGCAUUUUAUUUUGUUGUUGUUGUACAAAUCGCGCGUACCUAAGCAAACUCAACAGUUCAUACUCGUACUAGUGCACUCUGCGACAAACUUUAUACAAGCUACAAAAGGAUUCUUGCUUGAGUUGUUCUUUUUUUAACUAUCUGUGUAAGCUUUGAAACCAGUUAUUGUUGAUAUUAUUUAAUAAACAGGAGAAAACAUUUUAUUUACGUGAGGUGAGACACAGGAACCGCGUGCCGGAAGCAACAUCACACAGUAGGCACGGCUUCCUCUUCGAGCGCCGACGGGUGGCUGUGCCCGGCAUGGCCUACAGGGUGGGCCCGCCAGCGAGGCUCACUAGCCCGUUACUAACCUAUAUAUUUAUUUAUUAUUUGACUACUAGCUGGGCAACCCUUCUAGUAGGCCAUGCUACGGCACAGAGCACUCUUGUCGGCCAUAAAAUCGUGAUUCAAACUGAAGUAAGCAAGGAGACAAAAAAGAAAGAUAGAACAAACCUUAAAUGGAAGGGAAAGAAACUAGAAAUUCAAAAAAAAGUCAAAAACAAAACACGAAAAACACUAGCAAAAGAGGACAGGGAAGAAAAGAAGAAGAAAAAAACGGAAACCAAAAGACUGAUUGUGUCCACAAAUUAUAUUAAUUUGCAUGCAAGAGAAGCGAGAGCGAAACAAAAAGAGGAAACGUGCGAUUGAUCGAGAAUCGAGAAAGUGAAUCCAAAAGUGAGAAAACAGUCAACCGGAGAGGAACACACACAAACCAACACCGUCAGCAAGUCUCCCUUACUUUCAUUUAACAACAACAACAACCGUAACACUCAAUGUCGAAUUAGAGAGGCAAACUGAAACGCCAAUGAGAAUAAAUUGUGUAAAAUAUUUUUUUUUUCAAAAAAAAAACAAAUUGAAUCGAAGACGGCAAUAUAAUCUUUAGGGCGAUCACAAGUCAUCUUCACAAUAUUGUAAGCCGAGAGAAGCAGCUAAAGGAGAAAAGUGCAAAUUUGUGGGGAAAAUUGGCAUUUUAGCAAAGCGCUGGAAAUUCGUUUCACUUUUCGAAACUAUCUUCUUCCUACUGUAGCUUUACGAACUCUUCCUUUUUUUUCGUUUAACCUUUAGCUCAAAUAUUUAGCUAACUUUUGUUUCUCUUACAAAAACUCUGCUUACAACGAAUCUUCACUGUAAAUCACAAAGUUCUUUUAAGGUUUUUGUUUAAAUGUUGUGAAAAGAAGAGAGAAGAUGAAAUUAGCGCGGCCUCGCGAGACCGCGUGCCUUGUACAUAGUAGAUUUACGCAAAAACAAAACAAAACGGUCACACCCUAGUUGUAAGCAAAACACAACACAGAACCAACUAUUUAUCAUUGUUACAACACAACACAAUACUGAAUCAUACUGAUAUACAUUGAUCUGCCGUAAACCGCAACGUUAGCGAUUUUGCUUUGCGCAGCAUGUGGCUUGAAGAAGGAUCAAAACAUGUGCAACUGAUUGAUACACUUGAUAACUAUUAAUUUUAAACGAGCAUAUUAUUGUCUAGUGGAUAGCUUAGCUUGUAAAAAGAUCACUGUGAGAUGAAUAAAACAAUCUUUUUUUAA